CUCAUUCCCAAUCCCUUCUUCAAACCAACAACACCUUCUCUAUAAUACCCCGCCAUACAACCCCACCUCAUCGCUCCGAAGAAGAAGAAAAAUCGAUUUCAUCCCACUUCUGCUAUCACAACCAGCGACUUCUAGAGUCGAGAUGGUCAAGGCUAGGAAGAGUAAGGUCGUCUCCGACUCCGAGAUGGUGGACGGGGUGGCGGCGAAAAAUAUAAAGCAUACCGAAUAUGAGACGGAUGACAACGCUGAUAUUUCUAUGAACGUAUGUUGGGAACGAUGGCGGCGACGAAGACGAUGAGGACCAGCCGGACAGAGGCGGCGAUGAUGACGAUGACACCUCAGUUGAAGACCCGGCUGAUGGACAAGAAGGCGUUUGGAAAGAAGAACGAUACCCUCAAUAAAACAAAGGAAAACGACUCUAUGAAGAGAAUCAGAUAUUUGCUUGGACUCACAGAUCUGUUUCGUCAUUUCAUGAGUAACAACCCAGACUACCAGAGGGUGAAGGCAGAAGAGGAGGAGAAAUCAAGGCAACAGGCAAAGAAUAGGAAAGGUUCCACCGAUAAUAGGCGCCGCCGAACCGAGAAGGAGGAAGAUGAAGAGCUUCUUCAAGAUGAGAUCGUAGAUGGUGGCACGGCGGCAAUCUUUACGGAAUCACCCAAGUUCAUUAAGGGAGGACAGAUGAGAGAUUACCAGAUUGCAGGUUUAAACUGGCUGAUUUCUCUGCACGAGAACGGUAUAUCUGGUAUCUUGGCUGAUGAAAUGGGUCUUGGGAAAACGUUGCAGACAAUUUCUUUCCUGGGUUACCUUCGAUAUGUCGCUGGAAUAAAGGGGCCUCAUUUGAUUACGGUUCCGAAAUCUACCUUGGAUAAUUGGAAACGGGAAUUUGAGAAAUGGACACCAGAUGUCAAGGUUCUCGUCCUGCAAGGAACAAAGGAGGAGCGGCAGAAGCUUAUCCAGGAACUCGUCUUAACGGACGGCUUUGAUUGUUUGGUCACAAGUUACGAGAUGAUUCUUCGGGAAAAAACACACCUGAAGAAGUUUGCCUGGGAGUAUAUCAUCGUCGACGAGGCACACCGUAUUAAGAACGAAGAAUCUGCGCUUGCGCAAAUUAUCCGUCUGUUCAAUUCUCGUAAUAGACUCCUUAUCACUGGUACUCCCCUCCAGAACAAUCUCCACGAGCUCUGGGCACUGCUCAAUUUUCUUCUGCCCGAUGUGUUCGGCGACUCCGCUGCUUUUGACGAGUGGUUUGAAAAUCAGGGUGGCGAUCAGGAUGUCGUCGUUCAGCAGCUGCACAAAGUUUUGCGACCUUUCCUGCUUCGCAGAGUCAAGAGUGACGUGGAAAAGAGUUUAUUGCCCAAGAAGGAGGUCAACAUCCUCGAGAAAGAUAUCGAUGCCGUGAAUGGUGCUGGAGGCAAGCGCGAAUCCAAGACUCGUCUCUUGAAUAUCGUGAUGCAGCUGCGUAAAUGCUGCAACCACCCUUAUCUUUUCGAAGGCGCCGAGCCUGGUCCUCCAUACACCACUGAUGAGCACAUUAUCGAUAAUUCUGGUAAAAUGGUUAUGCUCGACAAGCUCCUAAAACGUAUGAAAGCUCAAAAGUCAAGAGUUCUAAUUUUUUCCCAAAUGUCACGUCAGCUGGACAUAUUGGAGGAUUACUGUGUUUUCAGAGAGUACCCAUACUGCCGCAUCGAUGGAUCCACUGCCCAUGAGGAUCGCAUCACAGCAAUCGAUGAGUAUAACAAACCCGGCAGCGAGAAGUUUAUCUUCUUGCUUACUACAAGAGCAGGUGGUUUAGGUAUCAACUUGACCACCGCGGACAUUGUCGUUCUUUACGACUCCGACUGGAACCCCCAGGCAGAUCUUCAGGCCAUGGAUCGUGCCCACCGUAUUGGCCAAACUAAACAGGUGAUGGUUUUCAGAUUUGUGACUGAAAAUGCCAUCGAAGAGAAGGUGCUCGAACGCGCAGCCCAAAAGUUGAGACUUGAUCAAUUGGUUAUCCAACAAGGCCGUUCUCAACAGCAGGCAAAGGCUGCGGCCAAUAAGGAUGAGCUCCUGUCAAUGAUUCAACACGGAGCAGACCUUGUCUUCAAAGGUGGCAAAGAGAAGGAGGCCGGUAUCUCGCAAAACAUGACUGAGGAUGAUAUUGACGCCAUCUUGAAGCGUGGCGAGGAGAGGACGGCCGAGCUUAACGCUCGAUACGCUAAGCUUGGUUUGGAUGACUUGCAAAAGUUUACUUCCGAUUCCGCGUAUGAAUGGAACGGGGAGAACUUUGCAGCCAUCAAGAAACCCAGUAUCGGUGCCAAUUGGAUUAACCCGGCGAAACGCGAACGUAAGGAGCAAAGUUAUGGUAUUGACAAUUACUACCGCACUGUUUUAACCUCUGGGAACAAGGCGGCCGAUACAAAGCCGAAAGCGCCUCGUGCACCCAAGCAGGUCAAUGUUCUCGAGCAUCAGUUUUAUCCGCCCAGGUUGGUUGAGCUUCAGGACCGUGAAACGGCGUAUUUCAGGAAACAACAAGGUUACAAGGUACCUCUACCUGAUGGCGAAGCCGACGACCUUGAAGAACGCCAGGCGGCCCGGGAUCAAGAGCAAGAGGCAAUAGACAAUGCAACACCUCUUACAGAGGAGGAGCAAGCAGAGAAAGCUCAUCUUGCGGAACAAGGGUUCAGCAGCUGGUCACGCAAGGACUUUGGCACCUUUGUCACGCUUUCGGCCAAAUAUGGUCGCAAGAAUUUUGCAAUGAUUGCGCAGGAAAUGGAGAGUAAAGAAGAGAAGGAGGUUCGCAAAUAUGCUAAGGUUUUCUGGGAGCGGUACAAGGAAAUGCCAAACUGGGAAAAAUGCAUCAACACUAUCGAGACUGGCGAGGAGAAGUCUGCGAAAAUAUCUCAACAAAAGAAGAUGCUUCGUAAGAAGAUUGAGAUGUACCGCGUUCCCCUCCAACAGCUAAAACUGAGCUAUUCUGUCUCUACCACCAACAAAAAGGUGUACACUGAGGAGGAGGAUCGCUUCUUGCUCGUCCAGUUGGAUAAGUUUGGGCUGGACGCGGAAAAUCUCCACGAAAAGAUCCGUGACGAGAUCCGCGAGAGCCCAACAUUUAGAUUUGACUGGUUCCUUCUGUCCCGCACUAGUUUGGAGAUUUCCAGAAGGUGCACCACUCUAAUCUCCACUGUAGCUAGGGAAUUCGAGGAGAAUGGAAACGGCGUAGCUGCCGCCAAGGCUACAGCAGCCAAGAAGGGCAGGGACAGAGAAGAGGAGGAGGAAGAAGAGGGUCCUCCUGCCAAAAAGGGCAAAGCAAACUCUGGCACUGCCAAGGAGACCAACGGGAAGACUGCCAAACAACCUCCAAAGAAUAAGCAAGUAGAACAAACCAAGAAAGGUGGUGACAGCAAAGCCACCUCAAACGCGACUUCGAGAGCCUCCAGCGUCGACUCUAAAGCGUCCGCAGCGACAAGUGUUUCCAAAAGCAAGUCACGUUCGAAGAAGAGGUAAUAAAUCCUCCCUCGGUCAUACUAGUAGCAUCAAAGCACCUUCUUUCUAUCACGCCCCUUUUAUAGAUUUCCAAAAAAAAAAAAAGCAAGGUUGCGUUAUCAUUCUGCUCCGUCAAUCCAUCUAUCCGCCUGCCCAUCGUCCAUAUUAGACUUUUACUUCCUUCUUUUUUCUUCCUUGGGGCAUUUGGCGGUUGGUGCGAUAGUGGUGGGGGGCGGGGCAGGCCCCAGUGUGGAGAAGAUUCACUGAGAGGCAGGAAGGAAAGAGAGGGUGCGGCGGGCAUUUUCAUUUAUUUCUUAUUUCCCAUCCAUGAUACUCGUUCUAUUCUCCGCAGCUUGGUUGAUAGUUAUUUAUUACCCUUACUCUUAGUCUCGGUCUUGCUCUCACUGUUAUUACCAUAAAUUACUUGUUUGCCCGCUUUCUUGUUUACUUGCUUACUUUCGCAAACUCAUCCAUUUUUGUUUUUUGGGGAUGGGAUAUCAUACAUAUAUAUACAUACAUGCGUUAAGUGGGUUUGUUAGCUGGUCGGGUAAUGAGGUGUGGGGAUACCAUAGUAUCAUGUAGUAUACCGUACGGUGCUGGUCGUUGUUGGCUGGCCCGCCGGCUGGCUUGCUGGUUGGUGAGUUGGUUGAUCGAAUGCAGAGAUUCGGGAAACUUCAUAACGGUAGGGGAGUGUUUCUGACAUCACAAUACCAUAAAGCA